UAUACACACACAAAAAAAGGAAAAGAAAAACCCAAAUCUCUACACUGUCGAACUAAUAAUCACAUUUUAAGUAGUCGAGUUUCAAAUGAUUUUUUCUCUAUUCCGUCGAUGUUGCCGUUCCACCUCCGCUGUGAUUGACGAGCCAUCGCUAGGCCAUGACUCAAGUGUCUCAGGUGACUCAGUUCGCUCAGAUGUCUCAGUUGACUCAGGUGUCUCAACUGACUCAGGUGACUCAGCAGCGCCUACACGGUGGAGUCCGUCUUUACCUCCGAUAUUGGAAGGUGACGAAACCGAGAGUGACCACCAAAACUCGAGAGUCUCACAUGCUUGGUGGUUAAACAAAUUACUGAAGAGAUUCCGAUGAUUUCAUGGUCGGAAUCUUUAAGUGACAGAUAGAGAGUAUCGCCAGGAUUCACUCUUGGUCCUCUUUACAUAUUGAAGUCUCUAGUUUUCUUCUCUUUAACAAAGCAAAUUAGAAUGGUGUUGUAAUCGUAUCGAGGACAGUGUUACAGCGACAAAACCAUUUGUAAUAAAUUUAGAUCUCUUUAAGAUGUCUUUCUUUCUUCCAAAAAACAACAUUGUGAUUUUAGUCUUUGUUCUUGACCUAGUUCAUGAUAUAAAAAUCAUCAUCCCUUUUA